AUGCAAUCAGAUCUCGAUCAUUCUUUCAACAAGCGACGAUCCCUUCCGACACCAAAGUCUAUACAUAGCCACUUUCAAACAUUCCACUAUACUCUUGAAAAUCGUAUGCAAGCUAUACGGAACGAGAAACAGAAUUCACCUUUAGUAAAGUAUAUGAACCGUGUGUAUCAACUAGAGCAAGACAUCUUUUUACAUCAUUAUUACAUCGAAAGCCAACUCAAAUUGCUUUGGGACCUUGGUCACAUUGCCCUUCGUUCACCCCUUUUGGCUACCUACUGGAAUCAGAAAUACGAGACUAGCCAACAGAUGAGUCAAGACCUUUUGAAUGAACUAAAGACGGCACUAGAGCAACAGCUACCAUGUCAAAGAGACGUAAUGUGCGCCAUCUGUUUAUCUAUAUUGCAUGAACCAGUGACGCUUAAAGGAUGUCAUCAUACGUUUUGCAAGGACUGCCUGCAGCAGCAUUACUGUUACCAAUGCUCUGCCAAGAAAAAGAAAGGGUUUCUACUGGUGAAGGCGCCACUGAUUGGCUGCUCUUGCUUUAUUCUGGAUGAACAUGGUCAGUUAGUACCUGCUCAUCAUCAGUCUUGCCCGCUCUGUAGGCAGUCCUUUAAACCUGAAGAUUGUGAACUUAAUGUAGAUCUUGAAAAAUUUAUCUUGGAACGCUUCAAGCAGGAUCUUGAGGACAGGAAAAGGGGCAAAAAGCAAAUCCUAUUGAACUUGCUCUAUUAUUAUUCAUUUUUACAAAAGGACAAAGAACAAAAAAGAGAGGGAUUUAAUGAAAUAUGUAUAUAA